GUCAUUCAUCUCAGUCCAAAUCAAAUCAUUCUCAACCACACAGUGUAGCCAGAGAACAGAAGCAUGUCACUCCCUAGCCUCUGUGUGCAAGCUGUCCUUCUCAUAAGCAUCCUGUGUUUCUGCGCACCGGCAUCAGGUGGUUCGUCUAAGCAUAGACUUCACAGGAUCAUCAGGAAACAAGAUGUAAAGGAGCUAAAAACCAGAACUACAGAACAGAUUGCAGUGUCUCAGUCCAAGGCCAAAGAGUUUCUGUCAGUUCUUCACAGGUCUAAGAGAAACGUAUGGGACAGAAGCCGUCCUGACGUCCAGCAGUGGAUCCAACAGUUUAUGUAUAUGGGCUAUGAUGAGGCUAGACUUGAGACCGAUCUCUCCUAUUGGAUGGACCGUGCUAGAUCACAGGACCAGCGCCGGCAGCAUCAUCAUGAUGAGAAUGCACCCAUGAGCCAGCAGGACCCCAGUUCUUACAGACAUGGGGCAAAUGUCAACUAUGAUUAUUAAUAAACCCAACAUAUGUAAUCUUCCAAGCUUUACAUUCCCCGUGAGAGUUGAUGGUCUCAUUCAUUACUCUAGUGCUUGAUCUAACCUGUGACUCUCUGAUAAUCGUUCCUUUGUAUUGUCUCAAUAUAAGUUUCUUUUUACUUUACUAUGCACCCUGAAUUGUAAUUAUUGUAUGUAACUGUAUGAACUGUGUAAUUAUACCAUUACUAAAGUUUUUC